AUCCCAAAUUGGAUUGGAUGACCAAUUUCAUCAUAAAUUCUCCCCCAAAUUUUCAGGCGGGUAGAUUUCCUUCGAUUCGUUAGAGAUAUGAGAUUAUGGUUCGGUAAAUGGACCGCCAUUGCUAAAGAAUCAGCUGGUCGAGCUGCCAUUUUCGCGAAAUUCCUCUGCUUGCUUCACGUCACCAAUACUUACAUAUUUUCCCCAAUUCUCGUGUAUGGGCCAAGUAUGCUGCCGACGUUGAAUUUGGCCGGCGAUGUUGUAUUGUCGGAAUACAUAUCGCAUAGGUUAGGGAAGGUAGGUCCAGGUGAUGUUGUUUUGAUUCAAUCGCCUGAAAACCCUAGAAAAAUUAUCACGAAACGCAUUGUCGCCAUGGAAGGCGAAGUUGUUUCGUUUUUGGUUGAUCCAAGCCGCAGUGAUAGAUCUCGUACUGUAGUGGUGCCAAAGGGGCAUGUGUGGAUCCAAGGGGAUAACAUUUACGCAUCAAAUGAUUCUCGGAACUUUGGUCCAAUUCCUUACGGCCUUAUUCAGGGCAAAGUUUGUUGCAGGGUGUGGCCAGUAAACUGUUUUGGAUCGAUAUGACAUCAAGAUCACCAGGAUAUCCAAGACUUCUAGGAUACUGGCGGGUUCAAAUGAGAAUCAUAAAUAUUUUGAGAACUUGGGAACCAACUGCUUCAUGAAUAAAUCAUAACGAAUAUCAUGCAUUUUCAUUAUUCAUAUACUCGUAAUGAGUAUCUAUCACAAUAUUCAUUGUGAAUAAUUCAUGAAAAUAGUUAGUUCUUAGGUUCUCAAAGUAUUUACGGUUUUCACUUGAACCUGCCCCUUUUAGAAUAUUAAGCAUGCUGAAGAACAUUUUGUAUUACCUAUAUGUAGAGCAGAUCUUGGACACUACUUCAUGUGGGAUUUACUGGGUUCGUUUGAUUUGAUUUAGUUGUAAGGACAUGAAUAAUCGACGUUUUUUGAAUAC